UCGCAAAACUUACAAAAUGGGGACAUUGACCGGAAUACACACCAAUAACGUGGGUACCUGUGUGAACGUGGGGACCUAAAAUUGAGUCCCCACAAAACUAACCACUGCAGCAUGUCUAACUCAUCGAGCUGAACACCCCCCCUUAAUAUCUCCUUAGUCCCCAAGUUUGACAUUUCCCAGAAAAAAAGUGUGUGUGUGUAUUCGAGGCUGCGACUCAAGUGUGUAAACUCCCCCUCUGGCCAUAGACCGUAAAAACAUCAGCUAUACACACUUUCUGACGUAAUGCACCUACACUGAAGUCUGAUUGGUUAAAACAGAAAGAACAUAGGGGGGGCUUUGAGCCAAUGAGGUAGUAUGUUGUUGAGUGAGGGACUUCACAACAUCGUACAACCUUAGCUGAAAGGUGCUGAAAGGUGCAGUUCGCUAAUUAGCACUCCAUGCAAAGACUAUGUGAGGUGAAUAACCAUAAUAUAAAGCUUUUAAAGGUUAUACAAUUACAAUGUUUUAUUAAGUAAACUGUGGUAGAAUAUCAACAUUUUUAGGACUUUAUAAAAUUAUAUUAUUAUUAAUAUUAUUAUUUAUAAUUUCCAUAGAGUUGUUUGUAAUUAACUCAUGCUAGCUAGCUAGCUCAGCCUUAACGAGGCAUUUAAACUGUGUCGGUGUAAUUGUUUUGCUAAUGCUCUAUCAUCUAUUCAUAUUUAAUGCAUCCAGCAAAUAAUAUCUUCAAGAUUAGUAAAGUAUGUAAACUAGUAAAUGAAUGUUUUAAUCGGUAAUAAGGGUGAAGUCCUGGCUAUAAAAAUGAGAGGAAGCAAAAGGCAGAGCCCAAAUCAGGACGCUGUAUUUCACAUCACCACUUGUCGUGAUAAAGCGGGGCUUGAUGUGAAAUACAUUGAUGCAUUUAAAGGUAGAGGAGUGUUUGCGGUGACAGACUUUACUAAAGGCAGCUUCGUGCUGGAGUACAGAGGGGAACUCAUCAGCUGUCAGGAGAGCCAGAGAAGACAACGCCUUUAUCACAACUCCCUAAAGGCAUUCAUGUUCGACUUCAUCUGGCACGGAAACUUCUGGACUAUUGAUGCUGCAAGGGAUGAUGGCACACUUGGAAGACUGGUCAAUGACGACCACAUUAAACCCAACUGCAAAAUGAAGAGAAUUCUUGUAGAGGGAAAGCCCCAUUUGUGUCUUUUUGCUUUAAGAGACAUAAUACCUGGAGAGGAGAUCACCUAUAAUUAUGGAGAUGGUGACUGUCCCUGGAGAAAUGAAGUGACAAAAUGUGGAACAGAAUCAGAUUGUAUUCGUCCAGCCUCAGAUGAUGCCUCUGGAGAUGAUCACCAUUGCACCCAACAUUCAGAGCCCGAGUCUACUUCCAGCAAACAAGAGACAAAAUGUGGAGCAGAAUCAGUCUGUAUUCAACCAGCUUCAGAUGGUGCCUCUGGAGAUGAUCACCAUUGCACCCAACAUUCAGAGCCUGAGUCUACUUCCAGCAAACAAGAGACAAAAUGUGGAGCAGAAUCAGUCUGUAUUCAACCAGCUUCAGAUGGUGCCUCUGGAGAUGAUCACCAUUGCACCCAACAUUCAGAGCCUGAGUCUACUUCCAGCAAACAAGUUACAAAAUGUGGAACAGAAUCAGACUGUAUUCAUCCAGCCUCAGAUGAUGCCUCUGGAGAUGAUCACCAUUGCACCCAACAUUCAGAGCCUGAGUCUACUUCCAGCAAACAAGUUACAAAAUGUGGAACAGAAUCAGACUGUAAUUAUCCAGCCUCAGAUGGUGCCUCUGGAGAUGAUCACCAUUGCACCCAACAUUCAGAGCCUGAGUCUACUUCCAGCAAACAAGGGUUAACAUUAGGUGAAAUGUUUACUGGAAAUCAGUACCAUAAACUGCAAUCACAAGUUGAAACAAGCAUUUCUCAGCUUGAUGAUGUAAGCAGGGGUGAUGACCGCUCCAUUAGUAGUAUGGAAUGCAGUGAAGAGGAGUAUGUCCCUGAAUCUUCAGAUAGUAGCUCGGAUGAAAGUGACUGCAGUCUUUCAAUUUCUAAAAGGAAGGUCAAGACAGUUACAAAAAUCUGUCCUUCACUUAGUUCUAGCACUGGUCACUGCAGUGUUGUAGAUGUGGAAGACACUGAAGUUAAACCUGAUCAGUCAAGCUCAGUUUCAGUCAAAGGAGUGUCAAAAGCAACCAAUAAAACAAGAGUGUAUGACAAGAAACAGUACUGUUUGUUUUGCAGCAAACCACUAUCAAAAAUGGCAAGACAUUUAGAGCAGGUGCAUAGCACAGAGUCUGAAGUUGCAAAAGCUUUGACUUUUCCAAAAGGUUCAAAAGAAAGGAAAAACUUACUAGAUCACCUCAGAAAUAGAGGGAAUUUUGCACAUAAUGCUGAGGUUCUUCAGUGUGGAAAAGGCGAGCUUGUACCUUAUAAGAAGCCCCGACAAGAUAGUGAUUCAAUCAAGUUUGUGCAUUGCUGUAACUGUCAAGGACUCUUUGCUAAAAAGUUUCUUUGGUGUCAUAUGAAGCGAUGUAAGAUGAGCAAAAAUUAUCCAUCUAAUCCCAAACCAGGAAAGAACAGGUUGCUUUCACAAAGUGCUUACAUGGGACCUGUGCCUCCUGGAACUAGUGCUGGUUUGUGGAAACUUUUCAGUAACAUGACCCAUGACAAGGUGGUACUUGCCAUUAAAACAGACUUGUACAUAAGAAGAUUGGGAGAGUAUUUUUACAACAGAGUUGGCUCAGAUGUUAGCAAACACGAAUAUAUCAGACAGAAGAUGAGAGAAAUUGGAAGGUUGUUAAUUUCAGCCAGGGAAGUUACUCCUUUGUGUAAAAUAGAGGAUUUUGUUGAUCCAGCUAACUUCAUGCAUGUCAUCACCGCUGUCAAAAAAGCUUGUGGUUAUGAUGAAGAAAAGUGCACAUUUCAACGACCAUCACUUGCAUUAAAGUUGGGUCACAGCUUACAGAAGAUUGCUUCUUUGGUCUCAUUUCAAGCAAUGAUGGAUGGGGACAGUGAAAGAGCAAAGAAAGCUAACAACUUUUCAGACAUGUAUGCAUCAAGAUGGAGUGAACUGAUAUCAUCACAUGCACUUAGAACGCAGAGAGAAGUUAAGUGGAAUGCUCCGCUUAUUCUUCCUUUUACUGAGGAUGUGAAAAUGCUUCAUUUGUAUCUUGAUCAAAAGCAAGAAGAGAGUUUUGAGAAACUGUCAUCAGAUGCUUCCUCUAAGAACUGGACACAUCUAGCAAAGGUUACUCUGGCUCAGACUAUUCUUUUCAAUCGCAGAAGAGAGGGUGAGGUCUCAAAAAUGCCAUUAACAUCAUUUAUCAACAGAAACACUGAUAACUUGCAUGAAGAUGUUGCUCUCGCACUUUCAGAGCUUGAAAAGAAACUCUGCCAUCAUUUUACUCGAAUUGAAAUACGUGGAAAGCGAGGACGAAAGGUUCCAAUUCUUUUAACACCUGCUAUGCAAAAGAACAUGGAGCUUCUUAUAAAAACAAGAGAAUCGUGUGCAAUUCCUUCUGAAAGCAUCUACAUGUUUGCACGUCCUGCAGCACUUUCACACCUAAGGGGAUCUGAUUGUCUACGUGAAUUUGCAAUGCAAUGUGGAGCAAAGAAUCCAAAUGCACUUUCAUCAACAAAGCUACGUAAACACAUAGCAACACUUUCAAAUGUUCUGAACCUCAAUAAUACAGAAUUGGAUCAGCUGGCAGACUUUUUAGGCCAUGAUGUGAGGGUACACAGAGAAUAUUACAGACUUCCGGAAGGGACUCUCCAACUUGCCAAGAUAAGCAAAAUUUUGAUGGCAUUGGAGACAGGAAGACUUGGGGAGUUCAGUGGAAAGAACCUAGAUGAAAUUGACAUUGAUCCAAAUGAAGCAGUAAUUGUCCCAAGUUCAGAAUUCCAAAAGGAUCUGUCAGGAAUAGAGAAUCAGUCAGAUGAAGAAGAUCUUGGAGAAGAACUGGCUUUAAAGCCAUUUACCAAUCAAUCCCAGGAAAGCUCAGCUGAGCAAGCCACAGAACCAACUAGUACUACAUCAUUCAAAGGUGCUAAGGUUUUUAAGAAAAAGAAAUGGGACACCAGUGAAGUGAAAGCGGUUGAAAAACACCUGUACACGUUCAUUAAAUCUUGCAGAGUGCCAGGAAAAAAAGAGUGUGAGGAUUGUAUAAAAGCUGAACCUGUUGCAUUGAAAGAUCGGGAUUGGCUGGCUGUUAAGUUCUUUGUAAAGAAUAGAAUUACAUCUCUUAAAAAGAAGAUAUAAGAAAAUAUCCAUUUUAUUUUUGUUCUAUUUGCACAGAUGAGUGUCAGUUUCUGUUGAUAUUUUUUUUAUUUUCAUUGCUAAA